AUGACAAUUUGCGUUUCAACUGUGUGUGCAUGCUUGAAAAUUCAGUGGUUGAAUCACGGCGGAGACAGAACAAACAGAAGGUCAGCUGCUGGGGAGGUUUUGAUAAGUCCAAGAACAAUAAACAGAUUGAAAUUAAGGUGGAAAUUCUUGGCUGGAUUUGACAUUACAGCAACCCCAGCAGUGGCCAAUGGAGUAGUUUAUUUCCCUUCAUGGAAUGGGAAUUUGUAUGCAGUGAAUGCAUUAACUGGACAACUCAUAUGGCAACAGAAUCUUACAAGACUCACUGGCUUGCCUGUAACAAGGACAACUGUGAAUGUGACAGUGUCAAGAUUAACUCCAGUUGUGGCUGAUGAUCUUCUACUUGUGGGAAUUUAUGGACCUGCUGUUGUGAUUGCAGUGAGACGCUUAACAGGCACACUUGUUUGGUCCACUUUGCUAGAUUCCAGGCCUCUGGCUCUUAUCACUCAAUCAGGAACAGUUUCCUUUGGUGGAUAUUAUGUGGGAGUAUCAUCACUGGAGGAACUACUACCAGCUGCACAAUGUUGUACUUUUAGAGGCAGUCUAGUAAAGCUAAAUGUUCGAACUGGUGCAAUUCUAUGGCAAACAUAUACACUCCCAGACAAUGGUGGAAGAUUUGGAGGUUAUUCGGGAGCAGCAAUAUGGGGAAGCAGCCCUGCUAUUGACAUAGCCACAGGAUUUGUCUACGUAGGAACAGGAAAUCUGUACUUAGCUCCACCAGAGGUGCUGAGAUGCCAAGCAGCACAGAAUAAUCGAAAGACGCCACCAACUAACCCUGAUCAGUGUUUUGGUGAAGAUGUUCAUUUUAAUUCUAUUCUUGCGUUGGAUGUAGAUUCCGGAGAAAUUGCUUGGGCAACACAGCUUGGGGGCUACGACGUUUUCUAUUUCACUUGUUUAGUUCCUAAUAAUCCAGAUUGCCCAACAGGGCCUAAUUUGGAUGCAGAUUUUGGAGAGGCGCCUAUGUUGCUAACUAUAUUCUCAAAUGGAAGACUACGUGAUAUUGUGGUAGCUGUGCAGAAAAGUGGCUUCGCCUGGGCUCUUGAUCGCAACACUGGCCAUAUUGUUUGGGUUAAGAAAUCAGGACCGGGGAGCUUGGAGGGAGGAGGAGUAUGGGGUGCAGCCACAGAUGGGAGGCGAGUUUACACAAACAUAGUCAAUGGAAAUAGAGUUCCUUUUACCUUAGCACCUUCGAAUCAAACAACAACAGCUGGUGGAUGGGUAGCAUUGGAUGCAAACACGGGCCAAAUCCUUUGGACCACUGCAGACCCUAGCAACGAGACGGCCCAUGGGCCGGUCACCAUAGUUAAUGGGCUUCUUUUUGCAGGGUCUGUGGCUCCUAAUGGCCCUCUCUAUGCCAUGGAUGCCAGUACUGGUAAAAUCUUGUGGACAUUUAACACUGGUGCUACAAUCUAUGGGGGUGUAUCUGUUAGCUAUGGUUGUGUUUAUGUUGGCCAUGGAUAUUCAAUUAGUCUGGCUAAGUUCCAUCCAACUUGGAUCAGUGGCACUUCACUCUUUGCCUUUUGCAUUGAUGUCUGA